AUGCUUGCCAAUAAAGUUGGGUUCCAAAAGUUGGAGCUCCUGCUGACAAUCAACGCCGACAACGAGAUAAGAGAGUUCUACGUGAACGGAGAGAACAUCUCCGUGGCCUUGAACUUUCCACACGCUAACCAGUGGGACAUUCCUGACUCGUACAACCUCGCUGGCAGUCUGCAUGCUCUUGCCGUUAAAUCUUACAACAAUGCCUACACUGCUGCUCAUUGGGGUAGCUGGCAAGGUAGCGUCAAAGACAACGCACCUUACUCUGCCACUGCCAACUGGAUCAUCGAUCCAACUGACUGCCUGACUUGCAUCUUCUACUGUAGGAUUUCUAUCGUUCGGGUGGGCACACUUUUUGCUAUAAGGGCGGCAUUGAGAACUAUUUUACCUUUGAAAGGCCGCAUAUGUACUUAA